CCGCAGGCCUGGGGCCAGUCACCCGGGGGUCAGAGUCCCGCAGCCGUUCGCGCCCCGCCCCUCUCCGCCGUGGGACGAGUAACGGUUACGAAGCACUUUUCUCCGCCACGAUUUCUGCUUAGUCAUUGUCUUCCAGGAAACAGCUUCCACAGUUUAGAGUCAACUCUCCGGCGGCGGCGGCAGACGCCAGAGACGCAGCAGCCGGAGCCGCAGCCUCAGCGCCUCCCUCCCGGGCCGCCGCUCCGCCGCCGUCCGGCCUCCUCCAGCCGGAGCGCACAUCGGGCUCCCGCCACGCGGGUCAAAAGCCUCGCGCUCGUCCCUGCGGCCUCGGGAACCGCGUCCUACGAGAUAGCCGCCUUCCCGCCCGCCCCGUCACCUCCUGGCUCCUCGGGCAGCCGCUUCCAUGGGCACCGACAGCCGCGCGGCCGGGGCGCUCCUGGCGCGGGCCCGCACCCUGCACCUGCAGACCGGGAACCUGCUGAACUGGGGCCGCCUGCGGAAGAAGUGCCCUUCCACGCACAGCGAGGAGCUUCGAGAUUGUAUCCAAAAGACCUUGAAUGAGUGGAGUUCCCAAAUCAGCCCAGAUUUGGUCAGGGAGUUUCCAGAUGUCUUGGAGUGUACUGUAUCUCAUGCAGUAGAAAAGAUAAAUCCUGAUGAAAGAGAAGAAAUGAAAGUUUCUGCAAAACUGUUCAUUGUAGGAUCAAAUUCUUCAUCAUCAACUAGGAAUGCAAUUGACAUGGCCUGUUCAGUCCUUGGAGUUGCACAACUGGAUUCUGUGAUCAUUGCGUCACCUCCUAUUGAAGAUGGAGUUAAUCUUUCCUUGGAGCAUUUACAGCCUUAUUGGGAGGAAUUAGAAAACUUAGUUCAAAGCAAGAAGAUUGUUGCUAUAGGUACCUCGGAUCUAGAUAAAACACAGUUGGAGCAGCUCUAUCAGUGGGCACAGGUAAAACCAAAUAGUAACCAAGUUAAUCUUGCUUCUUGCUGCGUGAUGCCACCUGAUUUAACUGCAUUUGCUAAACAGUUUGACAUACAGUUAUUGACUCAUAAUGAUCCAAAAGAACUGCUCUCUGAAGCAAGUUUCCAAGAAGCUCUUCAGGAAAGCAUCCCUGACAUUCAAGCACAUGAGUGGGUACCACUGUGGCUGCUGCGAUACUCUGUCAUUGUGAAAAGUAGAGGAAUUAUUAAGUCCAAAGGCUACAUUUUGCAAGCCAAAAGAAGGGGUUCUUAACUACAACUUAGGGUCAUUAUUUACCUGUGUUUUCCUUGAAUAUAAGAUAAAAUUGAGAUGUAUAAAAAUCAAUCUGUUGCCUAUAAAUAGUGUCAUUUAGGCACAUAUUCUUUAGCUGUAUUUUACAGAAUGUUGUCUAUCAACUUUUGAUUACUUCUCUUGCCUCCAUCAGUCCAGUCACAUGAACCACUGUAUUGUUUUCAUUAAACUAUUAUUUUCUAAUUGAAAUUGUCUAGAAAGAAAAUACUUGCAAUAUAUUUUUCCUUUAUUUUUAUGAGUAAUAAAAAUCAAGAAAAUUUGUUGUUAGAUAUAUUUUGGCCUAGACAUCAGGGUAAUGUAUAUACAUAUUUUUUAUUUCCCAAAAAAAUCAUUAAUUGCCUAUUACUCUAUAGUAUAACUAAGCAGUUUUAUUAUAAUUGUUAAAAUGAAAAUACUGGAAGAUAUUUUUUUCCUGUCAUUAGUAAAAUAAUUAUAUGUCAGAUUAAUUGGAGCAGUUGGAAUUUACCAGUGGUGUAAAUAAAAUUCAUUCUUCAGUAUAUGAAUGGAAACUUUAAAAAAAAAUUUAUGUGUUCUUGCUUGUAGUUUAGCUAUGAGAUUUAACCGUAUAUUCUUGUGCCAUAUUUUCUCUUCCUAUUAUUUAAAAGGGCAAACCAAAGUAAACCUGAAAAGGAAACUAGAAACUGAAAAUAUUGUUUGGGAGCUUUGUAAAAGCAUUCACUAUCUCCAGAUUCUUUGUAAUUCUUAAUCCAUCCUUGGUAUAUUGCUCCUCAUUCAAGAAUAUUCAUUAAGUAUUACACUUACCACAUGCUGGGCCCUACAGGCUCUGGAGAGUGGAGGGGUGCACAGAGCUAAGGAUUAAGAUUCAGUUGAAUAAAAUGUGUGAUAUGUAUUCCCCAUUAGUAAUGGACUAGGAGGGACUAAAGCCAGAAAAUGCUUUUUAAAAAUUCUUUAAUUCAGGGCCAAUAUGGUCUGUUCAGACAACUUGGUUUGAGAUGUGCUCUUAACUAUUUUAUUUUAUGAUAUUUUGGUGUUGAGAAUUGAACCCAGGGCCUUACAUGCUGAGCACAUGAUCUACCACUGAGUCACUCUCCCAGCCUAGAUUUAAUUAAUUUAAAGCAGAACAAUAUAAUCAAGAUUAUAUGGUAAUUUAGUGUAAUUCCUCAUGAGUUUAAGAAUCAAAAAAAUUACAAAUUAAAUAAGCUGUUACCUUUGAUAUAUACUAUAGCUCUCCUUAAUUCCAUAUACUUAUAUCAGUAAACCAAAUAGUUUGAAAAAUUCUUUGAAAUUUUCUACAUCUCAAAUUUUCUGAACUUAGGGAAAUGAAGUAUGGUUCCAUGUUCAACAAUAGAAUCUUUUCCUAAGUAAGGUUUUGUGGUUUUCUGGUUAGAAAAAUUAAUCAUUAGAAUCAUAACAUGAAAUCGACUGAUUUACCUGCUAAAACUUGUUUAGACUUUGAACUUCUUAAAGACUUUUAGCUUUUAUAUUAAUUGUAUAAUAUUAUUAGUAUAUAGUUAACUUCUUAAUUUGAAAAUAUACAUUUUUCGUAUAGUGUAAAUCUUUAAGUGGUCAUUUUAUUUUAAAUUUGUGUAGUAAGCUGGCUGAGGUAUUUUAAAGGGGAACUUGAAUAUCACACAUUUAUCAUUUUUUAAAACCCAUAACUUAUAAAAAUGGAUUGUGUAAAGGGUUAUUUUGAAAAUGGAGGGAAAAAAGAACAACAUUGUUGAUAAUAUCCAAGCUUCAUCAGGAGCUUUUUUCUUCUCUGCCCUACGCCCCAAGAAGCAAGAUUGUAGAUUCAUUUUGUGAAGGGGAUCAUGUAUGGAAUUUUUUAAUGAGUUGUUUCACUCUGUACUCUGAAUUUUUGUUGCUGAAUAACCUUAAAACAAACAAACAACAACAACAACAAAAAAAAAAACCCUGAGCUAUAUCCCACCUCUUUUUAUUUUUUGAGACAGGGUCUUGCUAAGUUGAUGAGGCUGGCCUCAAACUUAAAAUCCUCCUGCCUCAGCUUCCCAAAUCCCUGAGAAUACAGGCACAUGCCACUGUGCCUUUUUAAAAGAGAUUUUUACUCUUUUAAAAGCCAUAAAAUGAAAAGUGGUGAUACUACCAAAUAACUGCUUAAAACCGAAAGCUAAGUUAGGAAUAGUGUACAUAACAGAUACGUUUUCAGGGGAGAUGUGAAUCGUGUGACCCAAGGUAGAAAGAGUUUAUAUGUUUUUUUCCCAGUAAGUACAAAAGAAACUGUAGCUUGUUAUUACAUUUCCAAAAUACCCUGGAGCCUUGAAUUAACAUAAUGUACUGUAACUUGGAAUUUGCUCCAUAAUACUACAUUAAAUUCCCAUCCAAGAAAUCAUAAACACCAGAAGGACCUAAGUGUCUUAUAAAAUCUGUUUAUGUGGUAUAAAUUCUGAAAACCACAUUGUGCUAGUACAUUAAUAUUCAUUUACGGAUGGUCAGUGCUAAAAUUUGAAUCAUAAAUAAUAGCUAAUAAUUUUUCAGUUCUCAAAAAUGACUUAGACAACUGUGUGUAAAAUGGAAAAUAAAAAGUUAUUAUCUACUUUGCAUGAAUGAUUCAAACUUUUCUAUACCAGGACUAGUAAGUAGUAACUAAGGGUAUCAGUUUUCAGUAAUAAUAGGUCUAAGACCCAUUUUUUCUUUCUAUAACAUUUUCUUUCUAGGUUUUCCACCCAGUAUCUUCAAUCUUUGGGGAUGUAAGCACCUGAUAUAUGUAUUGUAUAUUGGUGAACAGUUCAUCUUGCUGCCAAAUGUGCAUUUUGAGAAAUGUGCAGCUAUUUUAAUAAUUUAAACCAUUUGUGUUCUUUGUGUAUGCAUACUCAAAUACAUCAACUUAUGAUUCUGAACCUAUUUUUUCAUCGUUAACUUUCAAAUGUACCAACACAUGUACCUGUCUUUUCCCCAUAAACUUGGUGAUGGGAUAUGUCAGUUUAAUUUUUAAAAUAUAUGUAACAUGAUUUACAUUAAUAUUUUUAUGGUUUUAGAGAUAUACUUAGGAAAAUGUUUUAAUUAGAUAAUUCUUUUUCUUAUGUGUCUGUUGUAGUGUACUAUAAAAGCAAGAUAUAAAGCACUGUUAGCUAAAUAUUUAUAAUAAUUUUUACUUUUGCCUAUAUUAUGAAUUUAACUAAAAUAAAAUGUGAGUUGUAUAUUUUUAAAUUGAGUUGUUUCAAUAGUUGGAGUAUCUUGGGGCAGUAUACUGAUUUUGAACUGUUUGGAUUUAAAUUGAGUGUGAUUUGAAAAUAAAUUGAGUAAUUUUUAA